AUGUUUCGCCGUAUUUUGAUCAUUGCUUGGAUCAUCUCCAUUUGUUUUUCCAACAAUGUUACCUCGAACAAAAUAGCCCUUACUGGUUCGAGGCCUAGAGACCCCUCUGCAGUUCAAACGUCUCCUCCCAAGAAUAAUGAAGCCCUGAUGAAAGACUUCUCAACCACCAAAGCACCUGCGCCGACUAGACCUCCUCGAGGACCAGAAUUUCAUCUCGCAAAGCGUCAAUCGUAUGUUCAAUCAUGUGGCAACUAUCAAAUCCCAGGAUUCAGUCUCAAAUUAAACAUGGGUCAAACUUGUUUGGUGGAUGAGAAUGGAUUGAUGUUUGGGGAUUGCUCGAACAGAAUUACGGAUGGAAAUGAUUGUGGAUGGGCUGAGGUUUGCGUCGAUAGUCAUGCUUGUGUUAGUAGCUGUGGGAGGACUUCUGUACCUAACUUAAGUGUUACAACUUGUGGUGGGAAUGGAAAUGAAUACUGUGCCAUGUGGUAUCUUGUAUCAGAAACCUAUAUCUAUACCUCUAUUAUGUGCAGCGAUUCACAAAGCUGGUUGACCUUCGAUGCCACUUAUGUUACAACUCUUUCUGACGAUUUCAAUGGCUAUACCUAUGAUCCGUCUGAAGCGACACCGGCAUCUACAUCAAGCACGUUGACCAUAUCAGUUGGAAAUCCAAGCGCAACUGGUAACGGUACUUCCGACACCAACUUAGAUAGCAGUCACUCAUUAGGAGCGAUAAUGGGUGGAGCAUUUGGUGGACUCGGUGCCGUCACGAUUUGUUGUGGUCUUUUAUGGUUCUACCACCGUCACCGAGAGUCUAAAAAAAGAGCAAGCAGAGCUCUCGCAUACGAUCCCGCCCACUCUUCUUCCGAUGAUCCCGAACCACCCAAUGUAAUAGGUUCUGGCCACCCAAGUUCUAUCCAUCAUUCUAUCAGGUCGCCUCAAUCGGUUGGAAGCCCUGCUCAGGGGUACCCGAUGUCGUAUAUGGAAAGUCCACUCCGGAGCCCCAAUCUAGAGGAUGGAAGUGUUCAUACGGGUGGAAUAAGAACUCCGAGGGUUUUGACACCGGUUCUUGCACCUAGUGUGAGUGAGAUGUUUGUUGAAGACCCUGUGUAUGAAUUACAUACCGAUCCUAUUGGGCCUUCAGAGUUGCCAGCAUGA